CGGGCAGGUCGGCCGUCAUUAAAGGCACUCCGGGGGAGAGGGAGGCUAGAUCCAGAAGAAUGGAGCGGCCAAAGGCGAAAAGCCCAGGCCGGGGUUGUUACAGUAACGCUCCCGCUGACUGAGCGGCAGCUGGCAGGCGCUCUGCGGGGGAGGAGAGAGAAAGAGGGAGGGGGGAAGGCCCGGGAUGGCGCCCCGGUGCAGACACUCCUGGCUGGGCCUCUUCCUGGGCCUGGCGCUCGGUUUCGCCCUGGCCUCCCGGCUCCUACCGCCCGGAGCCGGCCCUCUGAGCAGGCUGCAGCGGCGGCGGGGUGCACGAGGGGGACUGGCUUGCGGCGGCGGCCGUCCAGGACAGGGAGGCCGGCAGGUCGCGCCAGAAGAUGCAGAGGCCUCGGGCUCGCGCUUGGUCUACGUGGGGGUCAUGAGCGCCAAGAAGUACCUGAGGAGCCGGGCGAUUGCUGCCCAGCGGACCUGGGCCCAGCACAUCCCGGGCCGUGUGGAGUUCUUCUCCAGUGAGGGCUCGGACCUGAGCUUACCGCUGCCCCUGGUCGCCCUGCCCGGGGUUGAUGACUCGUACCCGCCGCAGAAGAAGUCCUUCCUGAUGCUCAAAUACAUGGCGGAGCGGCACCUCCAGGCCUUCGAGUGGUUCAUCCGCGCGGACGACGACACCUACAUUCGCGGCGAGCGGCUGGAAAACUUCCUCCGGGGCCUCAACAGCAGCCAGCCGCUGUACCUGGGCCAGACCGGCCUGGGCACUCCGCAGGAGCUGGGCAAGCUGGCACUCGAGCCCGGCGAGAACUUCUGCAUGGGGGGCCCCGGGGUCAUCCUGAGCCGGGAGCUGCUCCGCCGGGUACUGCCCCAUAUCGGCCAGUGCCUCCGGGAGAUGUACACCACCCACGAGGACCUGGAGGUGGGCCGUUGUGUGCGCCGUUUCACCGGCGUCCAGUGCGCCUGGUCAUACGAGAUGCAGCAGUUGUUUUAUGAAAAUUAUGAACAAAACAAAAAAGGUUACAUCCAAGAUCUACAUAACAGCAAAAUCCAGCGGGCAAUCACUCUCCAUCCCAACAAGAGCCCUGAAUAUCAGUACCGGCUACAUAGCUACAUGCUGAGCCGCAAGAUUGCAGAGCUUCGUUAUCGCACGAUCCAGCUUCAUCGAGAGAUUGUGCUGAUGGGACGAUAUAGCAACUCCAAACUUCACAAAGAUGACCUUCAGUUGGGAAUCCCCCCUUCAUUCAUGCGGUUCCAACCUCAGCACAGGGAAGAGGUAUUGGAAUGGGAGUUCCUGACAGGGAAAUAUCUUUUUUCAGCUUUUGAUGGGCAACCCCCAAGGAGAGGGAUGGAUUCAUUUCAAAAAGAAGCUUUAGAUGACAUUAUUAUGCAGGUGAUGGAGAUGAUCAAUGCAAAUGCCAAGAGCAGAGGUCGAAUCAUUGACUUCAAAGAAAUUCAGUAUGGUUAUCGAAGGGUUAAUCCUAUGUAUGGAGCAGAAUAUGUACUUGACCUACUACUUCUCUAUAAAAAACAUAAGGGUAAAAAGAUGACUGUUCCUGUGAGGAGACAUGCUUACUUGCAGCAAACUUUCAGCAAGAUCCAGUUUGCUGAACGUGAAGAAAUUCAUGCCAAAGAUUUGGCUAAUGCAAUUAACAGUAACUCACGAUCUCUCUCCUUCCUCUCAAACCCCCUCAAAAUAUUUGCACCUUUCCAACUGGGAGCCACUAAAGUUGGAACCAAGGAGCCCAAAGAUAAGAAAAUCAACAUUUUGGUCCCACUGUCUGGCAGGUUUGAAAUGUUUGCAAGAUUCAUGGAAAACUUUGAAAGAACUUGUCUGGUUUCAAAUCAAAAUGUAAAACUAGUUAUUUUGUUAUUCAACUCAGAUUCAAAUCCAGACAAAACUAAACAAGUAGAACUGUUGAGAGAUUAUCAGGUAAAGUACCCCAAAGCAGAGGUCCAGCUUUUCCCAGUGGCUAAUGAGUUUUCCAGAGCGCUUGCUCUGCAAUUCGGAGCUGCUCAAUUUAGCAAUGAUUCCCUUCUCUUGUUUUGUGAUGUUGACUUGAUUUUUACAGUGGAUUUUCUGCAGCGCUGCAGGGAUAAUGCUGAGCCUGGGAAAGGGGCAUACUUUCCAAUUAUCUUUACUCAAUAUGACCCAAAGAUUGUACACGCAGGGAAAGUUCCCAAUGACAAUUAUGCCUUCACAUUACAGAGCGGAUUCUGGAGAAACUAUGGGUUUGGGAUCACUUGUAUUUACAAAAGUGAUCUUUUGCUGGCUGGUGGCUUUGAUGUCUCAAUCCAGGGCUGGGGCAUGGAAGAUGUGGAUCUCUUCAACAGAUUCAUCGAAGUUGGUUUAAAACCAUUCAGGAGUCAAGAAAUUGGAAGUGUUCAUAUCUACCACCCAAUCUAUUGUGACCCAAAUCUGAAAGCAAAACAGUACAAAAUGUGCAUGGCCUCCAAAGCCUCCACUUAUGGCUCCACACAGCAACUGGCAGAGCUCUGGCUAGAAAAACACAAACUUAAUCUCAGCAGUAGCAAUCAUGACAAUAUAAAGAGGACAUCCUAACAUCCAGCUUGGCUGGAGAAUCUUUUUUUCUAUAAUUUAUUUUUUAAUGUUUUUAUUGUUUGAUUUAAGCAAUGAGUUUUUUGCUUUGAAAUAAAAACAACUGUGAUGAAUGUUUGCAUAAGCAAUUCUGGCUGCUGGCUGUUGACUGCUCAGGUGCAGGACUAGAAUGAAGAAACUGGUAAUUGCACACAGCCCACUGGCAGUUCUCCAGUUAGAAUAGCAGGGAAGCUAGCAAUGGUCACCAAUUUCUAAGAAUAGUCUGCCCAGAUCCUUGAGACUUUGAGUCUAACUUUUAUAAUGUGAAUAAUUUUGGGUUGCUAUUUAAAUUUAUGAAACAACUGUGCCCAUUUAUAGCAGCUGGGCUAUUGCACAUGACAGUGUUGUGACUCCAUAACUUUAUUCUGUUUGUUUAUGAAUUAGUGUGUCAAGACUUUGCUCAAUUCAAAUGUUGGCUUCAUUUCUUUACUCCUCAGAGUGAGCUGACUUUAGUCUGUACUUCCCAAUACCAGCAGCUAAGUGCUGACUUCAGUGAGUGCUAAGUAUGUUUGGGAGUGUUUGUGACAUUUUGUAUUAAGUGGUCAUAUUUUCAAUAGAUUUAAUUUCCUUAGUGGUGUGUGAUUUACCAUGUUGUACCUACUACACAAGAUUGCCAGGGUGCCUCUGACCCUCUGUAUUUAUAGCAUUUUCCACAGACCUACACAAGUUGAGGAAUAUCUUUUAAAACUUGUCUUCCAUCUUCCUCUCCAUGUCCUAUAUUCCAAAAACUAUUUUCCUGCAGUCACAUAAUAUCAUAUCAUUUAAGCCAUCGCUCUGGUAUAAAAAGUUUUUUUUGACCUUGGUGUAACAUUUUCAUAUUUUUUGGAAUUCAGAUUGGACCAGACAGAAAGGAACAUUUGUAAAUUAACAUGGCUUCACACUGAAACUCUCCAGUUCUGGAUGAAGUCCAGUACAAGAAGAGUUUCACCACCUGUCCAGAUGCUCCAGGAUGGCUUUUAAUGCUUUGGGCCUAACUAUUGGUUUGGGCACUGUGUGUGGAGAAUGUAUACCAUUCACUGAAUUUGUCUAAUUGGGAAACUAACUUGCAGAAACUGAAAUCUUGAUUUUCAUUUCUGGAUCACUGUCAGAUAUUGAACAAGACAAAAUUAUUCCCCCAUGUCUAAUAGAUCCAAAGGGAAGAUCUCUUGAUACUGUCCACCUUCUCAUUUAAAAGGUCCAACCAAGCCUGAGCUAAAUCCAUUCUGUAAGAACCCUUCAACUUAAACUAAGGGUGUUGCAUGCAAUUUUUAUGCCAAUUAUAGCUACCAUUGGGAACACUUUUAAUGUGUGGUCCAAGGGUGCUGCACAAGCUGGUCGAGUGUGGUUAGAGCAGGAAUUGUCCAGCAAAGUAGUUGAGGACUGAGCUCUUGAGGAUGUGAAUACACCAGAUAAGUAACAGGAGAAUAAUCUAGUUUUGAAAGUUUUUAAGUAUGUUUGUGUAUCUUUUUAAUCCUUUAAAAGAAUCGCAUAAUUCUUUUUAAAUGAAGCUUGAAGCAAACUUGCUAACUGUGAGAAAUAAACUUUAAUUUUUCACCACAAACUGUGGUUGGUUUUUGUCUAACUUGGGCGAUGUGUAAUUGUUUGAUGUCUAUAAAUCUUUGUUACUUUUAUGCAACUUAAUACCACAGUUUGAAAAUUCCUUUGACAGUUGACAAGGUGCCAAUAGCAUCUCUACCAACACAAUGUAAUGCAAAACUAGUUAAAUGCUGCUCUGUUUGGCAAA